AUGUCUAAUUGUGAUUAUAAAAUUAUAACAAAAGUACUUGUAGUAUUAAAUGCAAUUAGUAAUACAAGUCGUAACUUAGAUAAACCUACUUAUAAACAAAGAAAAGGAAAAUCUUCAGGAAAUAUGUGA